AUGGCCUCGUCUGCGAGCGGCAACAUCGUCGUCGAGUGGUUGCGAUCGCUCCACUUGGGCCAAUACGCGGAAAGUUUUAUUGACAAUGGGUAUGAUGACUUAGAAAUAUGCAAACAAGUAGGAGAACCAGACUUGGAUGCUAUCGGAGUCCUCAACCCUGCACAUCGUCAGCGACUGCUGCACUCAGUCAGAUCAUUAAGAGAGGAAGGAGCGGCGGCUGUCUACUUUACAUUGGAGGAGGCAGCCGCCGCUCGUGACUCCUGCAGAUGUGAGGAGGAAGCUCGAAAGGAGCAAGCGACAGCAACAGUCGAGCCGGCAAAAUAUGCCGACGAGUAUGAAGAAGGAAAAGCAGAACUAGUGAAGAUACCACGAAUGCAACUGAAGCGCUUGCUGCGAGAGCGUCUUGCUCAGGAUGGGAUCCGCCUGAGUCUACAGCCAUAUUCGACAACGGUCAGUGAUUGUUAG